UAGCCAAUCGGGUCGGGCAACGCUUGCACGUGACUACAACCUCAUUACGCUGCGGCCGCCAUCUUUGUUAGUGGCAGCGAGUGAAGCGCGCGGAGGAAAAGGUUAGCGUCGUGGCGCAGUGCGCUAAUAUCGUCAACACGCAGCACGAGCGGACUUGCGCCUGUCAGAUCGGACGGCAGCUGCUCAGCUAUGGUGCAGACUUGCUCUGCUUACGGCUGUAAAAACCGUUAUCACAAAGAUAAAGAGAUCUCCUUCCACAAGCGCUGUCAUAUGUUCUGUUGCUUUCUGAAAGAUUCACUGAACCCCGGUGGGGCAACAUUUGCUCUUUGCAUUGUGCUCACCCCUUGCAAGAACUGCACUCGGCGUCACAGGUUUCCCCUCGCGCGUCCGGACAUCUGCGAUAAAUGGGUGGCGGCGAUGAGGAGGAACAAUUUCAAGCCGACAAAGUACAGCAACAUUUGCUCACAGCACUUCGCCAAAGACUGCUUCAAGAGAGAAUGCAACAACCGCGUGCUGAAGGACCACGCCGUGCCGUCGCUCUUUGACUUGAACCUCGACAUCAAGGAGUGUCUGGAGGAUCCCUUCCCCUCCGAGAUCCACUUCCCCCUUUCCUUUCCUCUGACCUCCGACGAUGUCGUGGAGGAGGUGGAGUCCGAGCCUGUGCGGAGUGCGCCCGACACCCCCGGCGACACGGCGGUGGUCUCCUGUGACCAUAACUACACGGCGGAGGACUCUGCGCGGCAGAAGAAGCGCAUCCAGCAGCUGGAGGAGCAGCUGGAGCUCCUCAGGAAGAAGCUGAAAACAACCCAACAAAAGUGUCGGCGUCAGGAGAGGCAGCUCAAGAGCCUGAGGGUCUCCUGCAAGACGGUCAGGACGCCGCGCCACGCACCGAGCGCUUUCAACGAGGGUUAUGUCAUUCUACCAAAACACAUCUACCGCACGCUCCAAGGCAUCGAGUGAAAGGAUGACACAAAUAUGCCGCUGACGUUUGAACAGUAGGUGGAGCUGUUGCACAUGGCAGCAGAAAGAACAUCGACCAUAAAUGGAGCGAGCGGGCCGUUGCCGUUUUCCCAAACGUGUUUUCCCGAGCGACUGUUCACGUCACGCCGGCCGUUUUGCACAUCACACGACACCAACUCAGCGGUGACGUAUAGCUCCUCGUGUUGACAAAUUCCAUUCAAAUCCUGGGAUUUAAGGUCAGGUGGAACAUUGGACCGAGUCAGACUCGCUGUACCCCUGUCGCUAUUGCGCAACCCAGUGCCUGCUAAUGUGUUGAGCUUUCCCCCUUAAUAUUAUAGUCUAGACAUCGGUGCUACCUUUAUUUACUUUGUUUUUGAAAAGGUUGUAUUUCUACAAAUAAAAGCGGGCUUAAGUGACUGACUUUGGACUAAUUGCAAAUGUUGAAAGAAAAUAAAAACAAGCAUUUGGCGUUUCCCA